CGAGCGCGCGUGCAGCAGCCGCCGCCGCCCCGAGCACCCGCAGCUCCGGCGCCGCGGCGACACCCGGGAGAGACGGACGGACCCGCAGACCCUCGCAGCCGCAGCUUCCCGGAAGAGAACAUGCUUGCCAACUCGGCCAGCGUGCGGAUCCUCAUCAAGGGAGGCAAGGUGGUGAAUGACGACUGCACCCACGAGGCGGACGUCUACAUCGAGAAUGGCAUCAUCCAGCAGGUGGGCCGCGAGCUCAUGAUCCCCGGAGGGGCCAAGGUGAUCGACGCCACCGGGAAGCUGGUGAUCCCUGGCGGCAUCGACACCAGCACCCACUUCCACCAGACCUUCAUGAACGCCACCUGCGUGGACGACUUCUACCACGGGACCAAGGCAGCGCUCGUCGGAGGGACCACCAUGAUCAUCGGCCACGUGCUGCCCGACAAGGAGACCUCCCUCGUGGACGCCUACGAGAAGUGCCGGGGUCUGGCCGACCCCAAGGUCUGCUGUGACUACGCUCUGCACGUGGGGAUCACCUGGUGGGCCCCGAAGGUGAAGGCAGAAAUGGAGACGCUGGUGAGGGAGAAGGGUGUCAACUCGUUCCAGAUGUUCAUGACCUACAAGGACCUGUACAUGCUCCGGGACAGCGAGCUGUACCAAGUGUUUCACGCUUGCAGAGACAUCGGGGCGAUCGCCCGAGUCCACGCCGAGAACGGAGAGCUCGUGGCCGAGGGCGCUAAGGAGGCGCUGGAUCUGGGCAUCACCGGCCCGGAAGGCAUUGAGAUCAGCCGCCCGGAAGAGGUGGAAGCUGAAGCCACCCACCGAGUUAUCACCAUUGCAAACAGGACUCACUGUCCCAUCUACCUGGUCAACGUGUCCAGCAUCUCGGCUGGCGAUGUCAUUGCAGCUGCUAAGAUGCAAGGGAAGGUCGUGCUGGCCGAGACCACCACCGCACACGCCACGCUGACAGGCUUACACUACUACCACCAGGACUGGUCCCACGCGGCCGCCUACGUCACAGUGCCUCCCCUGAGACUGGACACCAACACCUCGACCUACCUCAUGAGCCUGCUGGCCAACGAUACUCUGAACAUCGUGGCGUCAGACCACCGGCCUUUCACCACCAAGCAGAAAGCUAUGGGCAAGGAGGACUUCACCAAGAUCCCACAUGGCGUGAGUGGCGUGCAGGACCGCAUGAGCGUCAUCUGGGAGAGAGGCGUGGUUGGAGGAAAGAUGGACGAGAACCGUUUUGUGGCCGUCACCAGUUCCAACGCGGCAAAGAUUCUCAACCUGUACCCGCGCAAGGGCCGCAUCAUCCCGGGAGCCGAUGCCGACGUGGUGGUGUGGGACCCGGAAGCCACCAAGACCAUCUCGGCCAGCACGCAGGUGCAGGGAGGAGACUUCAACCUGUACGAGAACAUGCGCUGCCACGGCGUGCCGCUGGUCACCAUCAGCCGGGGGCGGGUCGUGUACGAGAACGGUGUGUUCAUGUGCGCCGAGGGCACCGGCAAGUUCUGUCCCCUGCGGUCCUUCCCAGACACCGUUUACAAGAAGCUGGUCCAGAGAGAAAAGACCUUAAAGGUUAGGGGAGUGGACCGCACUCCCUACCUGGGUGAUGUCGCUGUGGUUGUGCAUCCUGGGAAAAAAGAGAUGGGAACGCCACUCGCAGACACUCCUACCCGGCCCGUGACCCGACACGGGGGCAUGAGGGACCUUCACGAAUCCAGCUUCAGCCUCUCUGGUUCUCAGAUUGACGACCACGUUCCAAAGCGAGCUUCGGCUCGAAUCCUUGCUCCCCCUGGAGGCAGGUCGAGCGGCAUUUGGUAAAGGCACCAACCAGCCCCCGCAAGCGAGGAUGCACCGCUGCCACCAGCCCGCACACCCUCCAGCCGCAGCUGCAGGGGCGGGAGAGGCUGGGCCGGGCAGCUCACCACCUGAGGGGCCACAGGACCCGGGAGCCCUCCCCACGUCUGACACGCGAUUCACUGUGCUUCGAGCCGACCCUAACAGGCACUUUGAGAUGUGUUCCUCCUGCUGCAGUCCUUCCCUGCCCGGCCCCGUGGGGCCCGGGAAGCUCACACUAUGCACAGAGCCCAACGCAUAGAGCCCGGCCCAGCCCCUCCUCUCUCCCCUGCCCCCACGGGCUGGCUUCGGGAAGGCCCAGGCUGCAGUGCCCUGCCCCUGGCCAACCCGCCAGUUGUCCGGAGCACUUUAGCAGAUGUGCUUUAAAAGGACUCCCUUCCCCACCCCCGUAGGCCCCGGGGUCACCUUUCUCAAGCUAGACAGGUGUUGGCUGCCCAGCCAUGCCCAGAAUGUCCCGUUUUCCCUGACUCGACUCCGGCCCUGUGUGGGUGCGGAUGGGACACCCUGGGUGUGGGUGUGGUUGGGACACUCUGCGCCCUUUGCCAGCUCCUUCCUCCUCCCACCCCGCCCUCCGCGAGUCGCGCCCAGAAGAGCUAGCUGGGCGGGGUGCCAGGCUGGUGCCGGGCGCGUGUACAUGAUUUGUUUUGCACGUUUGGUUUGCGCCGUGGUUUGGUUCAACUUGUUUGUGCAUCCCGUGAGAAAUAACGGUGCUUUGUGUCGCUAGCAUAGCAUAGAAACAGGAAUAGAUGUGGACCUUAGGAGAUGCUGCACUCGACACCGACCAGACGGCCCGGAACACGGGUCGGGGAGGGUGCUGGACUUGCAGGCCCCCCUUCUCCCCACAGGAGUCUUCCAGGCUGCACAGGCCCUGUCCCAGGCCCUAUGCCCACCCCUCCCCUUCCCGGUCUAGUUCCCCAGAUUCUGACAGGGGGCCCGGGAUGCUGGCCCCGGGGAACUUUGGGGAGCGAGGAGACCUUUGCCCAUCUCUGGCCCUGAUCACUCCCAGCAGUAACGCCCCCAACCACCCGUAAACCCAGCUUCCUGUAAACUCCCCCUACUGGGGACACAGAGGCCUAGCUGCUCCUCCUGUGUGAUUGGCAUGGCGCCUGGUGCCUGCUAAGAGAGGGGGAGCAGGGCUAGGGGGAGGGGGCCGGCCCGUGCGUGCCCGGGAGGAGACCAGGCCAGCGGGACCUGACUGUACAACCCACACUGCUGCGCCGGGGCUCCAGUCUCCUGCGCUCAGCACCCUGCCCUCACCUGCUGUGGCCACCUCCGCCUCCCACAUCCAGCUGGGCCCUCCCUGCCUCCAAAGGGCCAGGGGGUUUCCAUGGAAACACUAGGGGCUUGGGUGAACUCCACCCUGAGUGAACUGGGGAGUGACCCAGCUGCCCGCCCUCUGGAAGCCUCGUCCUCCCCUCGGGGAAGCGACUUCACGUUGCACGUUCCGUGUGAGCGCCCCAGGCAGCGCAUGGCUGCUAGUCUCUUGGGCUAGUGGUCGUGCCCCGUACAUUUCUGUUGUGCUUCUCAUUUCUCAAAGCACUUCCAUACACGAGCUCUCCAUUGCUUCUCACAGCACGGCAUGUGUUAUUCUCCCCCUUUCAAAGGUGAGGCCCGGGAAGCUUAGGCCUUCUGACCCCGGAAGUGUCCGUAACCACCCUUAGGAGCCUGGCUGUCUGCCCCUGCCAUGGAGAGGAAGAGUGGGGUGAUGGCCCUUGUAGACCCUACCGAGAGUGUAACCGGUUAGAAGACUCACCACCCUGGUAGGCAUUUUGCUUUGUUUUGCACAGAUAGGUAGGUUUUUGUCCUGAACAAAUUAAUGCAUCUUCACUGUGUGAGCCAGAACUAGUUUCUUGUUGGGGGGUUCCCCUGCGGGUUGAGCCGCCUCCACACCCUCACUUGUCGCUUCACGCUCAUCUUCCUCACUCCGGGGCUAAGCUGACAGAGACCGCAGCCCAGGGAGCAGAGGCAGCAAAGGCAGUCACCGAGGGGGGCAGCCAUGGGGGCGGGCGCCAGGGUCCGGGCCGGGACACCGUGGCGCUGAGCCCGUGGUACAGCGCGCAGCAUCUUUCUCUCUUCCAGCCCUUGCUGGGUCAUGGGCCUUGGGCAGAUGCCAAAGAGCUGAGCAGUGGUGGCGGCCCACGGGCAGGGCGUCCCUGCUUGGGCUAGGAAAGCUUUACCUCCUCCGAGUGCCUCCACCUGAGAGAUGCACGGCCUGGGCUCUGGGAGACCACACCUGGGAGUGGUCCGCCGUGGCCUUCCACUCCAUCCACCCCGAUCCUGACACAGACCCCACCCUUGCCCAGCAGCUUCUAGGUGAAAAUCAGAGGGAGGUUCGAGGAACCAAAUAAAUGGCCAGCCCCCACCACCCGCUCCUUGCCCCCGUGCAGAGCCCCGGCCAGCUCCGCCUCCAGCACGGCGGGCUCCUCCCUGCUUGGAAUGAAAGGGUCUCUGGUUGCACUGAAUGCAGCUCUCAAACUGGUCUUGUACUUGCUGAAUAAAUACUGUCGUUCUUGCCUUAGCUGCUCUCUAGGUGUGUGGGGUUAAGUUACAGAAAAUUGUGCUCCUGUGUGUGUGUGUGUGUGUGUGUGUAGUGCUAGGAGUCCACAGUAGGUCUCUGUCAAGCCAAUGCCGUGACGAGGGCUUUUCCCAUACUGACCCAGAAACCACAGAACCACACAGACACCCAACCCCCUCCAGCUGCCCAGGCGGCAGGCACAGCCUGGGGUCGGGACGGAGCCUCCAGCCCCCCAGCACCCAAGUGACUUCCUCACUCCUCUGUAAAAGUCAUGGUGCUAAGAUUGUGUGAACCCCAAGACAACACACGGUCCUGUGCUUUGGCCCCCCAUUUGAGGCAAAAACAAAACAAAACAGCCCAACACAUCGUGUUCUGGUGCAGGUUUGUAUUAAACUGUAGCUACUUCUCA